UUGUGCACAACUGAAAAUUUAAGAAGUUAUUAAUUUCAAUCAAAUAUCAGAGAUAGUUGGCGAGUGGAAAGCUCACUAUUUUAUAAUAAUCAUGAGCGGUUGUAGAAAUAUAUCUUUAGUUUUAGACAAUUAUCAAAAAGGAAGAUUGAUGUUCAUACAAGCUGUGGCCGAUCUGUCAACUAAAUCGACCAACGUAAAGUGUCUAGAAAAAUGUGGAGUACUAGAACAUAUCCAUCCGCUGCUAUCAGACACGUGUCCGAGUAUUCGUCAGUGCAGUGUGGUAACGGCUGCGCGGCUGGCGGAGCACGACGCGGGCGUCGCCAGGGAUAUUGUCAGACAGGGCCUCGUCGCGACAGUGCUGGACAACCUCAAUAAGUAUAAUGUUAUCUACAAGCGAUCAGCGCUGUAUCUUAUGAGAGCUGUUGCCAGGCAUAACGAAGAAUUGGCAUCAGCGCUUGUGGGUCUCAAUGCUUUGGAGCAUAUUGUUUCAUGCCUUGAAGAUUUUGAUACGCAGGUGAAAGAAAAUGCUGCUUGGGCACUAGGGUACAUCGGCAAGCACAGCGAACAUCUCGCUGGUUUGGUUGUCGAUGCGGGAACUCUGCCCUUGAUGCUUCUGGCCUAUCAAGAACCCCAAUUGAGUCUGAAACAGAUAACAGCUGGAGCUCUAGUGGACUUGGCCCAGCACAAGCCUGAUGCAAUAGCCGAGUCUGGCGCGAUAUGCCACCUGGUGCGUGGACUGGAAAAUCAAGAUCCGAAACUAAAGCGCAGAAUAUUCUACGCCCUGGGUGCGAUCGCCAGUGCUCGUACGGAGUUGGCGGAGGCCGUGGUAGCGGGAGGGGCGCUGCCCCCCGCGCUUCUACAUUCCGGCCAUGAUUCAGCAGCCGUGCGCUGCGCCGCCGCCUGCCUGCUGCGGGAUAUCGUCAAACAUAACUUGGAACUAGCCCAGCUGGUUGUUAACUCUGGUGGCUGCGGUCCUCUAGUUGAGUUGUUAAGCGAGAGAACCGCAGGAUGCAUGAUACCCGCUUGCAUGGCUUUGGGAUUCAUAGCUGGACAGUCUGAUCAACUUUCAAUGGCUGUUAUAGAAUCAAAGGCUAUACUAGCACUGGUAGAUGCACUACAGAAUGAAGAUUCACAAGAUGCGGAAUUGUGUGCUGCUGCUUGGACGCUGGGGCACAUUGCAAAACAUUCACCGCAACAUAGUCUGGCUGUUGCUGUCACUAAUGUUUUUCCUAAACUCUUGCAAUUAUAUACAAGUCCAAAGUCAUCAUCUGACCUAAGAGCGAGAGUGUGUUGUGCUUUGAAACAGUCAAUCCAGUGCUGUUUGCACAGACCUGCAUUAGAGCCACUUCUGCAUGCGGCACCUAAUGAUAUACUCAAAUAUGUCCUUGCUCAAUAUGCUAAAAUUUUACCAAAUGAUGCUCGCGCAAGAAGACUUUUUGUUACUUCUGGAGCUCUUAAACGAAUUCAAGAAAUAGACAGCACACCAGGCACUUCUCUAAAGGAAUAUAUAAAUAUCAUAAAUAGUUGCUUUCCCGAAGAAAUAGUGCGGUACUACACCCCGGGCUUUUCAGAAACAUUGUUAAAUCGAAUAGAUGCCUAUAGUCCACGGGUUCCAGAGUUGUUUACAGAUAGAAUCCUCAGCGAUUGCCAGAGUGAAGUUACAUCGAACAUUGAAGCAAGUUAAAUGUUAUUUUAAUUGAUUAUUAUGUUAUACAAAUUUUCCAAGUGUC